UCCUAUAUGCUGUGUUCGUGUGUUCAUGAUGCAUCGCCAUUUACGAGCUACACGUAGGGACAAUCUGGGAUUCAAGAAUCUAUUUUUACUUAGCCUGCUAGUCACGGGGCAACGACCAUGCGAUGCAUAGCCACCGAUGAUUUUUUAAAAGUCAUUGCCCCGACUAGACCCGAAAUCAAACGUCAAGGUGCGAGUAACUCGACCAUCAAGUGAAUGUAAAGGAAGCAUUUUGCGGUUUAAUGAACGGCCCAAGAUGGCGGCGCGCGGAGCGAGCACAGAGCGCAGUCGGCCUCGAGCUCCGGGCGGCGCGCGCGCAACACAGACAAACGGUGAAAGGACGCAUGACUCAUAGCAACGAUAGAGAUGAACGAGUACGCGGAGUACGACUGGAAGCUGCAGCAGAUUCAGAAUGAAAGGCUCUGUGACGUGUCCAGGAAGAGACUUACGGAUGGGGACAGGCAACGAGCUCUGGAUGGCCUCAAGGACGCCGUAGACUCGAGUCUCAACUUGGCCCUUCGCGACAAGAGCCGCUGUCAAGACGAUAACUUUCUGCGACGGUUUCUAUACGCCCGUAAACACGACGUUCAGCAGAGUUUUGAGUUGUUGGUACGUUACCAUCAACAUCGUCGGGAGCAUCCGGAACUAUGGGCGAAUGCGGACGGCGGUGUGUUGAGGGCCCUCGCCGAUGGACUCCCAGGCGUGCUGGCGCAACGUGACCGGCGCGGUCGUUGCGUGCUCAUUAUGUUUGCAUCCAAUUGGACUCCGCAUGCAUGCCCUCUAAUAUCUGUGUUCCGUGCCCUGCUUCUCACACUAGAAAGGACUCUUAAUGAAGUGCAAAAUCAAGCCAACGGAUACGUUAUCGUUGUUGACUGGACAGAGUUUACGUUUAAACAGUCGUGUAGCUUACAAGCGAAAAUCCUAAAAAUGAUGAUCGAUUGUUUGCAAGACUGCAUGCCGGCGCGGUUUAAAAGCAUACAUUUCAUUGGACAGCCAUGGUAUGUAGAAACAGCAUUAGCAGUUAUCAAGCCCUACCUAAAAGCGAAAACCCGUGAAAGAAUAGUUCUACAUGGGAACAAUCUAUCUACAUUACAUGACGCAUUACCGUUGGAUAUUUUACCAGCGGAGUUAGGCGGGGAAGGGCCUUCCUAUAACUCUGAACAUUGGUUACAAGAAUUCUGCCGUUGUGAAAACAUAGAUGCCAAGCCCGUGUCGGUGGCGGUGCCCCCCGCGCCCGUCGAUAACGAUCUUCCUGCGGCGAAACUCAACAAAGCGUAUAAACAAAAAGAUAAUCAGAACUUUUCUUUUCAUGGAAACGAAAAAAGUGCAAAGUCUGAGCUGCUCCGUGAUAAAGAUUGACUCAUUUGUAAGAUCCCCAAGUGAUUGCGAUGGACAGCUGUACCACGGCGCCGUUAGGGCGUGCCAGUUCAUACUUAUGUAUUACGUACUUUGUGAAUGCAUUUUGUGAUAUCGAGUGUAUUUCUAAUUUAUUAUACUUCGGGUUGCGUUAAAUAUUUGUGACCAAAUUUAAAAGUGCCUAAAUUAAAAUAACUUUGAACGCAUAAAUAAAAUUCAGCCUCGCAUGUGAAUCAGUCAAAAUGUGUAUCUGUUACAAUUUGUAUGUAGGAAAACAUUAGAUCGGCGCUCCCCAGCAUUUUACGGACUGCAUUGCGCGGGCGCACAUAACGGUUUUGUGCUUUCUAUAAGUUUGAAAGAAAAUGUAUCGAAUAAUACAAAAAAAUAUAUAUCUAUAUAUUCCUGUACUAUUUGAUAUUACACAGCUAUUGUCAAAUUUUGAAGUACCUAAGUUGGUUCUUGUAAUUUGUAAGAUUUAUAAGACUGACCAUGAUUUGAUUAAGAUAUUUUAGAUGUUAAAACGCUUUCAUAAUUUUGCGAGGCUUAUUGCGCAUUUAUUACAAUUUAAGAUUUGAUGUGGUUGUAUAGAAAUAUUGUAAUGACUAACAUAAUCAAAUCGAUUAAGAUAAUUACUAGAUAAUUGAUCUAGAAUACUUUUCGGUGUCUGUGGGAGCUAAAUGUAUAUAGCUCUCACGUCGCCUGAUCAGCUCUCUUGAAAUAAUUAAUUAAAUGUAUAAACUUGACCCGUCCAGUCUAUAAAAUGUAAAUUGGAACGACUUACAUAAUAUUAUACAACUUUAUAUUACUUUUGUUCUAGUUGCUUUAUCGAUUCCCGCGUAAAAGAUAAUUGUAAAUAUAAUAUCGAUUUAUCGAUAAGCCUGCGACGUGCUACAUCUCUUAAUUUGAUAUUAAUAAACUUUAUGAAUAUA